GUGCACCAGUGUCUCCCGUGUUCCGGGCCCAGUGCUGAGGGGAAAUGAAAGACAGACUUCCCGUCCUCCGUGAAGCGAUGGUCCGCAUUGAACAAGCUAUGACAAGGGAGGCUGCUUUAUGACAGAGUCGCAGGGUCUCGGACAAGCUGAAGCAGAUCCCCCAGUCCCUGGCAGACGCCAACAGCACGGACCCAGGCCUGGUCUUGGCCGAGAACGCAUCCCUCUUGUCUCUGAGCGAGCUGGAUUCCGCCUUCACGCAGCUGCAGAGCCGCCUGCGAAACUUCAGCCUGCAGCUCGGCCUGCAGCCAGCGGAGGAGGAGGAGCAGGAGGAGGCCAAGGAGGAGGAGGCAGAGGAGGAGGAGGAUGGGGAGCAGCCACCCGGCCCCGCCGAGGCCGGCCGCCGGCGCCACGUGCUCCUCAUGGCCACCACCCGCACGGGCUCGUCCUUCGUGGGCGAGUUCUUCAACCAGCAGGGCAACAUCUUCUACCUCUUCGAGCCGCUGUGGCACAUCGAGCGCACCGUGAGCUUCGAGCCGGGCGGCGCGAGCGCGGCGGGCUCGGCGCUGGUGUACCGGGACGUGCUCCAGCAGCUGUUCCUGUGCGACCUGUACGUGCUGGAGCACUUCAUCAGCCCGCUGCCCGAGGACCACCUGACGCCCGGCAUGUUCCGCCGCGGCUCCAGCCGCUCGCUGUGCGAGGAGCCGGUGUGCACGCCCUUCGUCAAGAAGGUCUUCGAGAAGUACCGCUGCAAGAACCGCCGCUGCGGGCCGCUCAACGUGACGCUGGCGGCCGAGGCCUGCCGCCGCAAGGAGCACAUGGCGCUCAAGGCCGUGCGCAUCCGCCAGCUGGAGUUCCUGCGGCCGCUGGCCGAGGACCCGCGCCUGGACCUGCGCGUCAUCCAGCUGGUGCGCGACCCCCGCGCCGUGCUGGCCUCGCGCAUGGUGGCCUUCGCGGGCAAGUACGAGCCGUGGAAGAGGUGGCUGGCCGAGGGGCAGGACCGGCUGCGCGAGGAGGAGGUGCAGCGGCUGCGGGGCCACUGCGAGAGCCUCCGCGCGUCGGCGGAGCUGGGCCUGCGGCAGCCCGCCUGGCUGCGCGGCCGCUACCUGCUGGUGCGCUACGAGGACGUGGCGCGCCGGCCGCUGCAGAAGGCGCGCGACAUGUACCGCUUCGCCGGCAUCCCGCUGACGCCGCAGGUGGAGGACUGGAUCCGGAGGAACACGCAGGCGCCCCGCGACGCCAGCGGCAUCUACUCCACGCAGAAGAACUCGUCGGAGCAGUUCGAGAAGUGGCGCUUCGGCAUGCCCUUCAAGCUGGCGCAGGUGGUGCAGGACGCCUGCGGGCCCGCCAUGCGCCUCUUCGGCUACAAGCUGGCGCGGGACGCCGCCGCGCUCACCAACCGCUCCGUCAGCCUGCUGGAGGAGCGCGGCUCCUUCUGGGUCACGUAGGGGGCGGCCUGGGGCCACCGCGCUCUGCCCUUCUCGUGAAAGUCCCGCCCUGCUUCCUCCGCCCAGGUCAGCCCGGGGCCGGGGGCGCGCACGCGCUCCCAGAGGCCACGGGAAGCCGCGCAGGGAGCAGCCCGCAGCCAGCCAGCUUCCCCAGCCGCUGUGGGCUGGGCUGUUGCUGAGAACAGGACGGUGCCCUGCCCCGUGCGGGCAUCAGCCCAGACCUAAGGGGCAGGCUCUCGCCUAUUGACAUUCUCUCCCUCUCUCUCUCUCUCUCUCUCUCUCUCUCUCUCUCUCUCUCUCUCUCUCACACACACACACACACACACUCUCAUAUACAUUCAGACACACACAUACACACAGAAACAUACACGAAGCACACAUAAGUGCCUGUACACCCUGUGGGCCAGACCACAGUCCCACAGUCUGGAUUUCUACAAUCCAGUGUGGAUUCUGGGUGGUCCCCAGGGCGGGGCUGGGACAGCCCAGGGUGACAGAGGAUGGCAGCUGAGGCCUCCCAAUCCAGUGUUUCCCUAAAUGGGCCCCUGUACCGGUGAAUGACGGAGUCAGCUCUCAGAGGAGCCGCAGCACACUCUUACAAAGACAAACACCUGCAGGCACAGCACACAGCACACACCGCUGUGGGAAACAGAGAAGCACAAUUCUGCAUGCACACGUGAACAUAAGCGGACAAGCUCUCCCAUUGCUCUGUGCCCACAGGCUUUGUAGGAUUCAUGUGUAUCACACGCCUGUCCGGGAGCUGGGGAAGGAAACGUGGCCGUGGCGUGUUCAUGGCCGUGGCCUUGUUUCCCGACUGGGUUUGGGAUGGACAGUGGACAACAGAGUGCCGAGUCUGCGGCCCCUGCUCACCAUGGAGACUGGGGCCACCGCUUCUGGCCCGUUCCCGUCCUUGCUGCUGGCUGGCAGGACGUUUUGGGAUGGCGUGGUGGACCCUCACGGGACUGUGGCCUGAGGGUCCCAUCCCCGCUCUGCUGACGUCCUGGAGCGUGUCCGUGUUUGUAGGCGGCCUCAGGCCUGACUGGCAGAAGCAGCUGCGGCCCCUGGAAGCAAAAGGAACUCACGGGUCCUGCCCUUCCAGCCAGGCCUCGGGGGCAGGGCCCGGGGACAGUGCAGAGUGCGUGUGGAGGAGAAGUCACAUCAGGACAGCCCCUCCCCUGAGAAGACGGGGGACAGCGGUCAGCCUCCUGCUGGCCGCCACGGUGGCGUGGUUAGUCUGAAAUCCCUCCUUCAGGGUUCUGGGAAGAAUGUUGCUGAAGGGGAUGGACCGGGUGUUUGUUUUCUGUUGUGUGUGUGUGUGUGUGUGUGUGUCUAAGAUAUUUAUGGUUUGGUGUCUUGUUUUGCGGCUGUGUUUUUGUUCCUGCAGAAGUGCCUCUUGGAAGCAGUCUGUGCUUGAGGGGCCGAGGGGGCUCUGGGAGGACCAGGGGGAGCACUCUGGUGCUUGCUGGAGGGAGAGGAGGAGGGGGAAGAGCCUCCUCCCAGGGUCAGAGCUUCGGUGGCCACGGGACAACCCACAGUGCCUUUCGGGCUUUUCUGCUUGAACUCGUGUGAAACGAGUCUCAGAAACCACCAGCCUCCUUCGCUGCAUGUCCAGAAGCAGCAUAAGUUAGCAGCCCUCAGGCCAGGCCCAGCCACAUUCCCGGGGCAGGAGAGAGGGCAGGCCCUGCGACCAACCCAGGAGCCCAGCUCAGGGCCAUCUAAGAACUCACAGGACUGUCACUUCGCUAAGGGCUGUUCCUGAUUUCCUGAUUUCAAACCCAUCCCAUGGUCCAGCCCAGAGGGCUGAGUUUUUGUUGCGAAUAUGGACAUGAGGGAAAGACAGGAUCUGAGUCCAGCUGGGGCUGCUGUGGGGAAGGAAGGGGUUGUCCUGGCUGGAAACUGCCAUUUGAAAAGGCGAGGAUGGUAGCCAUCUUACGGGUCCCGUAUAACCUCCGGAUCUGAGCUGCAGGCAUCACCACGGACCUCAGCCGCUCAAGGAGGUCUCUGCUCCAGGCUUUCCAGUCUGAGAAUAAGUUGUGCAGGGAUCUGGCUCUCAUUUGGGGUCCAAAGGGACUCCAGCUCUGAAAACUUGGCCCUGGGACAGAGUGGGGCCAAGAUUUUUCUGGCAGGCCCAGAGUGCUGGUGGGUCUUCCCCAGCCCCUGCCCUGCCCCCCUACACUGUUCCCCUCCUGGUCCUCCCUCCAGGGUCCUUCCUGGGUCCUCCUACUGUGGGCAGCAGACUUCUCCUUCCUUCUGAUGUCCGGGGCCAAGGUGCCGGGAGUGGACCUUGGGGACUUCUCAGGACAUUGACGAUUUGUACACAGCAAGUUGACUUAACUUAUUUAUUUUGUGAAAAAAGAAGUGACAGAAAAUGUCUUAUUGUAUGCAGGAACUCAAAGCUGCCUAAUAAUAAGAAUUAUUCACUCAUCCACACACAAGGACAAUCCAAGACCAUUCAGAAUGCAAGAGGCAACGAAACCGAGACCGCAGGAGCCGGGGCGGCCCCGGCUCUUGUUUAAGGAGACCCCUGGGUUUCCUCUUGCAGGUCCGAGGAUAUGACAGUCAGGCCCUUUCUGCUGUAUGGCCUUUGCCCCGGUGUCUGAAACAGGACACAGCUCCAGUCAGUGUUGCCUCGGGCUCUGGGAAGCCUGGGGGUUUGGGGAAGGCCAGGAUGGGGUGACCGUUGCCUUUUCAUCCGUGGGACCUGGUCGGGGUGACGUCUCUGGGGUUUUCAGCACGCACCUAGCUGGGGACGCGCCCUCUUGUCCCGGUUUCUCUGCUCCUGCCGAUCCGCCAGGAGCCUUCCCUCCACGGCUCCCCCCACGCCCCCUCCAGCCUCCUGGAGACAGAGGGAGCAUUUGAGGCCUCACCUCGCCGCUACCAGCUUCCUCAGAACAAGGGCCCAUUCAGCAGCGGGCAUUUACUCACUUUUUCUUCCUGAAGAAGAUCUCUUUAGCCUGGCCCGUAUAAAUAGUUCAGAACAUUCCAGGCUCUGGUUAGACAGGGCCGUGUCUAACACCCGCAAGCCAUCACCACCACGGCCCGUUCCUGGCUUCUCUGUGCCUGUUUGUAAGCCUUGGCAUGGGGGCAGGCCUGGGGAGCAGCCGGUGGGGCCAGAGUCCUGAGUCCCCAGGGAGAGGGUGAAGGAAGCGGAGUGCAGCACGGUCACCCCCCCACCCCCUGCAGGUCAUUCCCGAGCAAAGGUUGAGAGAGGCGACUAAAUUCCACCCUUUGUCACUUUAUGUGAUGCACACGCUAGAA